AUGGCACCUUUGACCCCCUACACCUACAUCCGUUGCCCCUGCUCCGAGACUCACCAGUCCAGCGAAGACGGAUCGUCGACGCCGGGGAGCCCAGAGGACGAUGAGCGAACAUUCGACCCGCGCGCUCCGCGUGCCAACUUCAGUCUCUAUCCUCUGGAGCAUCUGAUGUACUGCGAAGACUGUCACCAGAUCCGGUGCCCGCGAUGCGUCAAUGAGGAGAUUGUCACCUACUACUGCCCCAAUUGCUUGUUUGAAGUUCCCAGCAGCAACCUGAAAAGUGAGGGCAACAGGUGCACACGAAGCUGCUUUCAAUGUCCCGUCUGCGUCGGCCCCCUCGCCGUUACGGCCCUCGAUACCCCGCCUGAGACCAACCUCCUUACGGCUGAUGGGACAGCGCCUCAGGGCGGUUCCUACGUGCUAUCAUGUUCCUAUUGUAACUGGAGCUCGACCGAGAUUGGCAUCAAGUUUGACCGACCAAACGGCAUUCACGGGCAACUAGCCAAAUUGCAGAACGGCGGCCAAGCCAAGCUCACCCCCAAGGAACACAAGGAGAGGAAAAAGGAGAGCAAUGGGGAAUACCACUUGGACCCGGAGGACAUGGAUGCCGAGCUGCAGUUUGCGCAGCUCAAGUCCUUCUAUCAGAACCAGAUGGCCAACUCGAAUCCCUCUGCGGGCGGUCUCUCAUCACUGGGUGACCUGGGCCUCAAUUCGCCAAAUUCCUUGUCUCGCAUCAUGAGUCUGUACACGGGGAACAACUUUGGGAAUAAACAGGCCCGGGGUAAGGUGCAGACUAUGAGGGAGGCCGUCAGUCCCGACGAGGGCUUGAAGACGACCGAUCUAGACGAGUCAGGAGCCAUUGAGAAACUCCGGCAUACGCAUCCCGACGAUACAACCACCUCAGCUCAGAAUUCUCUACAGCAGGACCAUGUACGCUUCCGAGACGAGCUCCGACCCAUCCCCUAUCUCCUGAGAACGAAGCGAUCCAAGAGAUGCCCGCUCUGCAGACAUAUCAUCAGCAAGCCGGAGGCAAAGAUCUCCAACACCCGGUUCCGCAUCCGCCUCGUCGCUGGCAGCUACAUCCCCACCAUCACCAUCCGACCGCUGCAGUCGGAGGUCCAGAACCUCCCCUCGACCGCUCGGCCGCCGAUACCCCAGGAACUGUGGCUUACGCCACUGAAGCCCGUGCAGUAUCUCCUGACCUUCAAAAACCCCAUCUUUGAGACUGUCAAGGUGUCGCUGGCCACCCCGUCGAGCACGCCCGGCCGGUUCGCCAGCACCGUGACAGUGCUGUGCCCGCAAUUCGAGAUCGAUGCCAACACGGACAUGUGGGACGACGCCCUCAAGGACGACGGCGAUAAGGAGCGGAGGCGGGGCGAGGAGGGCGGGAUGCAGCAGGCCGAGGUGGGCAAGAUUUACGAGCGCGGCCGCAAUUGGGUGAGCAUCGUGCUGGAGGUCGUGCCGGCGUCGUUGAGGCUGGAGCCGCAGCCAGGUGGCGGCGGCGACGGCGCUUUGCGCGAGGACGAGGACGUGUUGGAGAUACCCAUGUUUGUGCGCAUCGAGUGGGAGACGGAGGCCCAGGGCGAUGUCGUCGGUACGACGGCGAGCAGGGAAAAGGAGGCGAGGGAGAAGAGGGAGCUUGCUUACUGGUGUGUUUUGGGAGUGGGACGCAUCAACCAGGACUAG